AUGUCAGUAUUCCGUUUCCUCGCGCCGCUUCUCUUCGUGUUCUUCGUGAUUUCGCAAUCUUAUCUCGCCGCCGCAAGACCGCUCAUGCCGGAUCACGUUAAAGCAGUCAUCACGCCGGAGCUUAACCUUCAACUUCCAGGACCUCUGCCGGAGAAAAUUAGCGCAGAUUCCGAUGGCGUUGUGGUCAAGAAGCAAAAUGUUCCAUGUGAAUUGAGUUCUGAAAUCGGAGAAGCUCGGUCGCUCAAGAGAUAUGGAGCAGGAACUUACGGAAGUUUGUUUCUGAGCGCUCUUCCGAAAGGAACGACCGUGCCGCCGUCUGGACCGAGCCGGAGAACCAACGACGUUAACAACUAA